AUGGCUCCGCCCAGCAAGAAGACCAAGACUGACCAUGUCCUGACUGGCGACAACCUCGAGGACAACUUCCUCAUCGAAGACGAGUUUGCAGGAGUUUCGGACGGGGAGGAGGCGGACGGCUUAGCGGAUCUCUCGGACGAUGCUGAUGCGGUUGCGGCGGAAGGCGGCGAAGCAGAUGACCUGGGUCCCGCCGUAUCCGCCGGGAAGAAGCGUUCCGCCGACGAUGCGGGCGUCGGAACAGAAGACAAGCAGCCAAAGAGCAAGCGGGCGGCGAAGAAGGCCAAGGAGAAGAAGACGAAGAAGUUGGCAGAGCUCGAGGUUGACGGGAAGGACAAGGAGGACAUGGGACUUUUGCCGGUUGAGUCGUUGGCGGACAGGUUGGCGGAGAAGCAGAAGCGGGCGCUGCCGAAUCUCACGGCUCUCGAAAUGGACGAGAUGCGGAUCAGCCAGUCGAUGAUUCUCGACACUUCGUCGGUAGCGGCGCGAGACUCGCUGCGGGCGUUCAUGAAAGAGGCUCUGCCGACGGCGUGCAACACCCUCGCCAAGAUGCCCAAGGCGGCUGGCUCACCUCGCAUCAUUGUCCUUGCGGGAGCUGCGCUGCGUGUUGCCGAUCUCGUGCGCGAUGUCAAGGAGUUCAAGACGAAGACGAAGGACGGCUUGAUCGAUGUCGCGAAGCUGUUUGCCAAGCACUUCAAGCUCGCCGAGCACGCCGAGUAUCUCAAGAAGACGCACGUCGGCCUCGCAGUCGGCACGCCCAACCGCAUCGAAAAGCUGCUCAACGAGACAGAGUCUCUCCACCUCACCCAUCUCUCGCACCUAAUCCUCGACGUCUCGCAUCUCGACUCGAAGAAGCGAUCGCUCGUCGACUUGCCCGAAGCGCGCGCCGACCUCUUCAAGCUGCUCGGCACCAAGCCGAUUAUGGACAGGCUGCGCGAGGGGAAGAUGAAGAUUGUCGUGUUCUGA